AUGUCUCUCUCCCCGAAGAUGUUGCCGUGCAAGAAGAGGAGAGCCAUCCCAGUGGAUUCCUCUGAGGAGGAGAUGGGCCCCUCUUCAGAUGUGCAGUCUGUUAAAAUGGAGACGUCUUCCUUGUGCGGGAUUCGUCAGCUCAAGGGCUUUAUGCAGCAACACGAGGAAGCUGACUCAACCGAGAGGAGGGCCCGACAUAGCCCGUCUACGGACAGGCCUGCCUGUUCGUCAGCAAAGGUUCUGCCAAUACCUGUCGGGGACUUGUCUUUCUCAGAAGCGUCUGGUGGUGAAAUAGCGAAGGGAGUUGAGGUUCCAUCUAGAAAUGCUGCUCAGAAAGGCUGCAGGGAAUCGGCAGAGGCUUCUUUGAAAGGUGAGAAGAAGGUGUUCUCUAGGCCAGGAUCAGAUGCUUGCCAGCAGAAAGGUGAGGCAAGUCAGGAUUCAAAGGCAGUGCCCAGCUUUGUCGUGGACAAGAACCAGAAACUGGACAAUGCAGCCGGUGGCCUUUCAGCAAAGCCGGAGACCGAAUGCGAGGAGGGAGAUGCCACCUCUAACAUGAAGGCCCCGAAGAUCACGCAGGGCAGCGAGUUGCUUGUAGAGGCUGAGGAGGAAGCUGAAGAGAUGGGGCUAUUUAUCCCAGUGGAAGAGCAAGAAGAAGGAGGGAAGAGGAAGAAGAGGAGGGCUACGAAACGGAAACGGGAGGGGAAAGGCCCGGAGGAGGAAGAGGAGGAGAAAGCCCCCUUGGCUUGCGACCUCAAGCUGGAUGACAGCCUCGACCGGACUCUGGAAGAUGGGGCAAAACAGCACAACCUGACAGCUGUUAAUGUGCGGAACAUCCUCCAUGAAGUGAUCACGAACGAGCACGUCGUGGCCAUGAUGAAAGCUGCUAUCAGCGAGACCGACGACAUCCCCAUGUUUGAGCCAAAGAUGACUCGCUCCAAACUAAAGGAGGUGGUGGAGAAAGGAGUGAUAAUACCUACGUGGAACAUUUCUCCGAUCAAGAAGGCGAAUGAUAUCAAGCCCCCCCAGUUUGUGGACAUUCCCCUUGAGGAAGACGAUUCCUCUGAUGAAGAGUACCAGCCUGAGGAGGAGGAAGAGGAUGAGACAGCAGAGGAGAGCUUGCUGGAGAGUGACGUAGAAAGCGCCACCUCAUCUCCGCACGGGGCCAAGCGGUCCCGAAUCAGACAGUUGUCUGAUGCGAUGGAAGUGGACGAAGAGGGAGGGGCGCCGUCAGAGGCUGAGGCGGCCUCGGCAACCCCCCUCCAGCGGCACAUCAGCGCCGAAGUGGUCCCAAUGGGGCCCCCGCCGCCUCCCAAGCCCAAGCAGAGCAAGGACAGCACCUUCAUGGAGAAGCUCCACGCGGUGGAGGAGGAGCUGGCAUCCAGCCCUGUCUGCAUGGAUUCCUACCAGCCUCUGGAAGACAGCCUGAUCGCUUUCCGCACCCGCUCAAAGAGGCCCCUGAAGGACGUGCCCCUCGGCCAGCUGGAGGCAGAGCUCCGUGCCCCGGAUAUCACCCCCGACAUGUACGACCCCAACACGGCGGACGACGAGGAGUGGAAGAGUUGGCUCGGCGGCCUUAUGAAUGACGAUGUGGGAAAUGAAGAUGAGGCUGAUGACGACGACGACCCUGAAUACAACUUCCUGGAGGACCUGGAUGAGCCAGACACGGAGGAUUUCCGCAACGACCGGGCUGUGAGGAUCACAAAGAAGGAGGUGAAUGAGCUGAUGGAGGAGCUGUUUGAGACGUUUCAGGAUGAGAUGGGCUUCUCCAAUGUGGAGGACGAAGGGCUGGAGGAUGAAGAUAGUGCUGCCGAGGCCCGGCCAAAUUUUAACACUCCCCAGGUGCUCAGGUUUGAAGAGCCCCUGGCUAACCUGCUGAGCGAGCAGCACCGGACCGUGAAGGAACAGCUGGAGCAGCUCCGCGUGAAGAAGUCGGCUAGCAAGCCGCCCCCGGAGGCGGAGGCCCUGAAGCCGCCCCACAGGAAGCCUCUCGUCCUGACCCUGGACGCUCGGCAGAGGAGGAAGCUCCAGCACCAGAUGCAGCAGCACGUGCAGCUCCUGACCCAAAUCCACCUCCUCUGCAGUGCCAACCCUGGCCUUAGCUCUGAGGCCAGCACCACCCGGCUUUUUCUGGCCGAGCUGAACACUUUUGCCCAGAGUGCUGCGCUCUUCCACCAUCCGCUCAGCCCCAAGCUCCAGAACUCCUUCCAGCCCUGCAACUUGAAGGAAGCUCUGCAGCUCAUAGAAGACUUCCACACCCACGUCAAGGUGGAGUGGAGCCCUCGCAAAGUCGUCAAAAAGAAAGCCCAACACUUUCAAUGCCUGCCGAAGCAAGUUGCGUGGAUUAUGGCGACGAGACGAAUCUUCAUGUAUCCGCAACUGCUGCCAGUUCGCGCCCUGAAUGCCAAAAAGCCCCAUGACAAGAUCAUCUUCACGAAAGGGGAGGACAACUUGAUAGCUUUGGGACUGAAGCAUUUUGAGGGGACGGAGUUCCCAAAGUCCCUGAUCAGCAAGUACCUCCUGACGACCAAGACUGCCCACCAGCUGACGGUACACAUCAAGAAUCUCACCAUGAACCGGGCCUCAGACAACGCCAUAAAAUACUACAAGAAGACGAAGCAGCUGCCUGUCCUGUUUCAGCUUUGCGAGGAGAUCCAGCCCAGCGACUGGAAGCCUCCCAUCGAGAAAGAGGAGCAUCUCCUGCCCUACUGGCUGAAGGCCAGCUUGCCUUACAUCCAAAAAGCACUGGAGCUGCGUGCUGAAGAAGCAUCAUCCAAUUUCUGCAGCUCUGACCCCAAACUCGGCCCGGCAGGGAAAGAACCUGCAGGAUGGACAAGCGAAGGGAAGUAUCCGCUGCACGCGCCCAAGGGGUUAGAACUGAUCCUGAGGUCGCUCCCCAGCCAUUUCUACAAGAAGGCUUGGCCGCGGCAGCGGCCUACCACCACCAAGCCCUUCCCCGUCUGGACCGGCGGUGGCAGCAGCAACCACCUCAAAGUGUCCACAAAGCAGCCCCAGCCGGAAGUUGCGGCCCGCUUCCCCUGCUGGAUCCAGCCCGCGCCGGCGGUCCAGCACCUGCCCAGUAUCCAGCCCGUGAGGCUGCAGCCGGCUGUGGCGAACGGGGGCGGCUUUGAGCUCCAGGGUGUCCUCUCAGCUCACCAUUCUGGCGCCCGGCCCUGCUUGGCCGCCGCCGCCGUACCCCAGAGCUUGCUCUCCUCCAUACCUGUGGCCUUUCAGCCCAAGAUGAUGCUCCCGGUAUUGCCCGUGUCCAAAAUCUGGAAGCCCAGCUCCCCAAAGAGGUACCAGAAGAAGAAGGGCCCCAAGCCCCCUCAGCUGCUCCCCUCUGCCCCCGUCGUCUUCACCCUUUCCGCCGGCACCGUGAAAACAGUCAGCCUCGCCAACGGCUGCAGCGUGCUGCAGCCCUUGGCCGCCGCCGCGGGCGGGGCUGCGCAGCCCAUUCCCAUCACCACCCUGUUGGUGAACCCCACCCCUUUCCCCUGCCCCCUGGGCCGGCCGCUUGUGACUUCCCCGCCCCCUUCCUUGGUGGUCCCCGCCAACGCCGCCAGCUUUCCUGCCUCCGUGUCUGCCAAAGGAGCUGAAUUUGUAACCCCGGCUGCCGCAGGCGGCGAAAGCAGGCGCCCCGUUCCGGAACCGAAAACAGAGCCGCGGGAGCCCCCCUUGUGCACAGCGACACCCGCCGAGGAGGAGCAUGGCCCUCAGACUUCUGAGGGCGGGGGCCAAACGGCAGCUUCUGUCCAGACCUGUGUGGAAAUGGCGGAAGAGAAAGCUGCCGAGCAGCCCUCCGAGGGCCCCUUCUCCCCGUUAGCAGAAUUAGCAGAGAGGAUGAAGACAGAGUCUGAAGAGUUCUGCAGGGCCCUGCCGGAAGUGGCUCCGGUCCUAGUGGAGACGAGCUUGGUAGGAGCCCCAGUCGGAGAGGAGCUGGUGCUGGGUCUCGGGCUGGAGCUGGACGUGGAGCCCAACCCUGAAGGCACGAGCGAGCAGAAGGAAACGAAGGACGAGUGGAGCGCCCCUGAGGCCGGGGGGCAGUGCCCAGGAGGCACAGCUGCUGGGGCAGAAGGGGGCUCCCCCAAGAACGUCUCCGACUCGCCACCUGCUGAGGCAGGGUCCGGCAGCCCCUCCACGAAGCCGGAGGAUUCGUCCAGUGCGGGUGGCUGUGCUGCGGGGGUGCUGGCGGGCCCGGAGGCGACGGGCGAGAAGGACGGUCCGGAGGAAGACGAGGAGGAGGACUUUGAUGACUUCACUCAAGACGAGGAAGACGAGGAGAUGUCGUCGGCGUCGGAGGAAUCGGUGCUGUCCGUGCCGGAGCUUCAGGAAACUAUGGAGAAGCUGACGUGGUUGGCCUCUGAGAGGCGCCUGAGCCAAGAGGGAGACUCAGAGGAGGAGAAUUCGCAGGAGGAGAACUCCGAGCCAGAGGAAGAAGAGGAAGAGGAGGAAGAAGGGGAGAACCUGGAAAGCAUGCAAAAGGAGGAUGGAACGACGGACGAGGUGGCGGGGCCUGGAGACGGGCCGGCGUUGUCUCUCGCCCUGACCUGUGCUGCCCCCAAGGUGGAGCCCAGCGGGACCCCAUCAGGGGAGUGCGCCAAAGCCCCUGGGAAAAGCCGGGGCUCCCACAGAGCCCGGGCCAAGAGGGGCAGGGGCCGGGCCAGCAAAGACACCUCCAAACUGCUGCUGCUGUACGACGAAGACAUCCUGGAGAGGGAUCCGCUGCGGGAGCAGAAGGACUUGGCUUUUGCCCAGGCGUACCUGAGCAGGGUUCGCGAGGCCUUGCGGCACAUCCCGGGCAAGUAUGAGGAGUUCCUGCGCAUCAUUUACGAGUUCGAGAGCAACGCCCACAAGCAGACAGCCGUGGACCUCUACGCCCGCCUGCGCAGCCUCCUGCGGGAGUGGCCGCAGCUGCUCACUGACUUCGCCGCCUUCCUCUUACCCGAGCAAGCCCUGGAGUGCGGGCUGUUCGAAGAGCAGCAGGCUUUUGAAAAGAGCCGGAAGUUCCUGCGGCAGUUGGAAAUCUGCUUUGCCGAAAACCCUUCCCACCACCAGAAGAUCAUCAAAGUGCUCCAGGGCUGUGCCGAGUGUUUGCCCCAGGAGAUCGUGGAGCUCAAGAACCAGAUGUGGCAGCUGUUGAAAGGGCACGACCACUUGCAGGACGAAUUCUCCAUCUUCUUUGAUCACUUGCGCCCGUCAGCCAGCCGCAUGGGAGACUUUGAGGAGGUCAGCUGGACGGAGGAGAAAGAGUACGAGUUUGAUGGAUUUGAAGAAGUGUCGUUGCCAGACGUAGAAGAGGACGAGGAGCCCCCCAAAAUCCACGCCUCCUCAAAAAAUAAGAAGCGGAAGGAGCUCGGAGGCCAGAACACUGACAAGGAGGCGGAGUGGGCGGAGGGGGCCAAGGAGUGCUCCUGCGCCUGCCACGAGGGGAGCAGCGACUCGAGGCUGAAGAGGAGCAAGCGGAAGAGCUGCGGUCACUGCAGCAACAAGGCAGGAGACGGCAAGUCUUACAAGCACAAAGACGCCCAGGAGCCUACGGAGAACCUUGCCCCACGAGAACUGAGCCCCCGGCCUGAAGAGAAGGAGCUGACGGAGGAAAGCCUGGAGCACAGAGACGACGGGGAGGCUCCCCAGGGCAGGAUGAGGACAGCUGCCCGGAAGGCGGACCCUGUAGCUGCGGCAGGUUCCCGUGUGGAUGGGAAGCUUCCAUUGUGCAGAGAAGCCUCCUUAGAGGGGGACGUGCUACUGGCUGGUAGGACUGUAGAACCGUGCUCUCUGCAGGGACCUCAUUGCCCCAAAAAGGCACCCGUGGCUGAUGCCGCAGCACAGACCCCCACAGCUCCCGCGGCCUCUUCGAUACAGACACAGAAGACUGUUGCACCUAAACAGCGACCCAGAGGCAGCUCUUGCCCCGUGGGUGGGGAGAGCGAGGCAGCACGUGGCCCGAGGAGCGCAGAGGCUUCCUGUGGGCUCGGCAAAGUCAUCUCAGGGCCUGAGGCUUCCGCAGGGACAGUGGGCAAGGGCCCCAGUCCUCCUCCGGCAAAGGGUUUGCUGCAGAAACUCGCUCCUCAGCCCAGCCUCUUGGAGGAGCCCAUUGCUGUUAGCCUGAAGGAAAAGGAGGGGGAGAGACCGGCUGCUUCUGUGGACACGAAAACGAAAGGAUGGGAAGCAGCGGGGUCACCCCCCAAAGACCCUGGCCCCCCGAAGGCAGCAGUGGGAAAGAACUGCAGCUCGCCAACUCACACGGAACCCUAUGGUGCUUGCCGCCCACAAUCCAGCAAUCCAAAGGCAAAGGCUGCGGGGGCCUCGGGUGCCGGCGACCGUUUGCAAGAGCGGCAGCAAGCUGCGGGAGGCGUCGAGCGUGCUUUGCCCCGCCCACCCAGGCCACGGGGGGAGGAGCUGCAGCAGAGAGCGACGGAAGCCAUGGUCUGCGCCAAGAACAUCAAGGUCAGCUCCACGGGAGAGAAAGUCGUCCUGUGGACCAGGGAGGCUGACCGUGUCAUCCUGACCACCUGCCAAGAACGAGGCGCCCAACAAGACACGUUCAGGGCCAUCUCGCAGCAGCUGCACAACAAAACAGCCGAGGAAGUGGCCCACCGGUUCAGGGAGCUGAUGACGUUGUUCCACACUGCCUGCGACGUCAGCUCGGAUGACGAAGACGACGGCGCCAGCACCAGCAACACGGACCAGCUCUCAGACAAAGAUCCCGCCCUCUCUGAAGAAGAGCAGGAGGAAUGA